CCGGGAGGGAAUUGAGACUAGAGUUUGGUGGGGAGGACUUGGCCGCAGACCCACUAGACGGAACCUACGAAGCGAGAGCGUGCUGCAAAGUGCCUCCUCGCGAACGUGUGCGCGUGUGUCAAAAAACGUAUUAUCUGUUAUUAUUUUUUUCCCCUUUUUUUCUAAUUUUUUUUUUUUUUUAUUUUCUUUUAUUUUAUUUUUGUAUUCUUUAUCAGUUUUUCUCAAAAUAAUAUCAGUUACGUCGCCACAUGCACAUCCAUGCAUGUACAUACACCUACGUUACUCUCAUAGAUAUCCGUACAAAUAUAAACAAUUCAACUGCGCGUCAACAUGUACCGUUUUCUAUCCGGAUAGAAAUCAACGCCUACAAAUAAAAAAAAUAAACAAUUUUUUUUUUUUUUCACAUCAUCAUCGAGAGCACACCGCGCGCGGCCAAAAAUUUCCCUACCCCCCACCCCACUCUCCACUCCGUCAACGGCAACCCCCCGAAGAAAGUAAAAAAAAGAAGUUCAUCUGGAUACGCUAUGUCUAUUGUCAUCGGAUUGUUCGCAUUGUAAAAUAAACUGAUAACAAUUAAUAAAGAAAAUAUUUAAGAAAAAAAAAAAAACGUUUAACAAUAAAAGAGAAAAAUCAGUUUCGAUCUCCUUUCUUUCGAGUACACCAGUUGCGUGAAUAAAUAUAAACACCUGGAAGGCCUACGCGCCCAAUACAUUUCGCCAGUGCGGUUGUGUGGUACUACAUACAUCGUUGCAGAGUGAGGCGAAAUCCUGCAGGACUUUUACGGGGUGCGAUCCUGUUGCGCCCGGCACAACCCCCUGUCUCUUUAUACCACCCCGACCGCCCCACCUUUCACCUUACCUGGCCCAACCCUGAACCCUACCACAAAACUGGUAGAGGAACACCCUCCGUUCAACCCUACUAGAAUUCGUCCCCUUCCCCCUCUCCUCACUCCGGACCCUCCGAGCGGUACGAUUCACGACCCUCGUCGUCGAAACUAACGACCAAAGAGGGAGCUGAAGCGGAGAAACGGGAGUGAAACGACAAACAACCCUUUAACAGAGAUCCUCGGGUGGUAACGAGUGUACCUCGUGUGUUGCUCGUGAAAACGGAGACGUCAACGCACCUGGCUCUACGAUCAAACUUGGAAGAGGAGGUAGCGGACGCGGAACGCCCAACCCUUGAACGCGCAAAGUUUUUGACGCCUCACGCCCUCGAUUCGUGCCACGCGGGUCACCGGGACUCUUCUGACCCAGUUCGAAAUCGCAAUUUUAACGCAUCGAACGUAGAAGAGAAGUGACGGAAUCCGGAAGGGACUUCGAUCUCGUGAUCCCGGAUUGUGGAUUCGCAGACACGGAUGAUCGGUAUCCCUUGUACAUAGAAUACAACAAAGUACGUUUCGGUAUUUCGAUAUUUCCCUCCCUCGUUUCGACGAAUCCCGUAACUGUGUAGGUACAACGUGCACGAAAAAAUUUAUCGGUCAAGUGCAGUGCAGCGAACGUUUUUGUUUGAUCAAAGUGUCGAUGGACCAAGGAUACCUCCCCGUCUCAGCCGGUUAUAUCACAUCGAUCGAAAGAGAUCGGAUCCUGCUGAAAUUCAACUUGAAUUCCCCGGGACGAUUUGUCGAUAGUGACACAGUCGAGUGCAGUACGGAUAUAUCAGAGAACGUCGCGUGGGGAUUGGCGAUAAAUAUUGCGGGCGAAGCGGGAAGGUUUGAAUUCAAUGGUAACCGGAACUUCGUAGUAAGAUAAAAGAGCGAAGGAGACGACGGACAGGUGGAGAAUUCAAACCGAGCGAUAAAAAAAGCGAGAAAUGAGGAGAAGAGGAGAAUAAAUAAAGACGGAAAAGUAAAACAAAACAAAAAGAAAAAGAAAAAGAAAAAAGAAGAAAAAAGAAGAAAAAGGAGAAAAACAACAAUCGAGAGGGAAAGAGGCGCGAGUUUGUGAGCCAAGAAGAGAGGAGGAGACUCGAAGCACCGAAACGUUCACGAGACACGCGGCAGUCGGGCAACCGUGCGAAUGCACGGUGUCUCACUCACGGACGCACACCAAGAGCAGCUGAGGAACGACGACGACGACGACGACCCGGUGUUGUGUAAGAGCUGAAAGUAAAAGUUGAAACUCUACGGAGCAACGGCGGCAGCGUUGACUGGGCGCGUUGAAAUCAGAAGGCAACUCCGCCAAAUACCCCUUCUCGUUCUGGUACCAGUGAAUCCGAGAUUAUUAGAUUUGUAAAGUCGGCGGAGAAAAGCUCGGAAGAAUACCGGGGAGAAAGAGGAUAACGAUGAUAUUUAUCGAGUCGGAUAAAGGGAUCGUUAUCGUUCGAUAGUUUCCAUCGGUCUCCGAUUCGAAUCGCGAGUGAAAAGCCUCCGAUCCGCGUCAUCUUCUUCGGUUCCCCGAUCGGCGACGACGGUGUUGGUAUCGGUAGCGGCAGCGGCACCAGCGACAGCAGCAGUUUCAGGAAUAAUUAACAAUCCGCGAAAGUGUGUUCUUCGUCAAAGUGUUCUGUGUCGUUUUGUUUCAUUUUUGUUUUCUCUCAUUUUUCGGUACCAACGAGUUUUUCCCGCAUUUUAAAUACUUCAGUGUGUGACCGAUAUCCCUAGCGGCGUUCAGGGAUAAGAAUAACCGAGAGGAAGGUAUAAAGAGUUCCGGUUCAUCGCGGCGAAGUAUGAAAAGUAGCGACGGAUAAAAAGUCGUUCUGCAAGUGAUCGAAUUCGCUGAAAUUUUCCGCACCAUAAUUGCAAAAGUAACGAAUCUUCGCACGGGCACCGGGUGUAAAAGCAACGAGUCGGCGCGUGUGUAUCAACGUCCGCCUCGAUCGAGUCGCGGACUUUUACUUUGCGCGGAGUUUCGUAAAGCGUUACAAAACCAGAAGACAGAGAGAGAAAAGAGAGGGCGAAGGAGAGAAACGGAGUGUCUAAGAGACAGAGAGAGAAAGAUAAAAGGAAAGGUUGCCACUAUCGGCCCGCGAAACGGACCUGAGCCGAAUCUGAUUCGAGAAUUUGUGGCGCACUUUGACGGAACGUGAUGAGAGAAGGUCUACCGAAACACUCCGAAUCCGAAGCGAGAAGAAACAAAGACGGUAGAACUGCAAUAAUUACACAGGAACUAGCCAUCGUACACCUUGCAUUCGAACGAGCCGCUCGGCGAGGAUAAAAGAACGCUGAAUUGAAAAUGAAGGAUUGAAAUGGAUAAGGAAUAAAAUAAAGGGAAGCAACGUUCAUCUGACAUUUAAAUAACGUGAUCGGCGCCUUUCUAUAUACCUUUUCUUUACCUUGAAGCGGGCAGCGGUGAUCAUAAGUAACGUAACGUGAGCUAAGGUAAGGUAAGGUGUACAACGUCGCGGAAUUAAAAGUCCGCUAAAAAGGUUAGAGGGAUAAAAAACAAGCGCGAGCGCGAAAGGAUAAGAGAAAGGGAUAGAAGCGGCAAGUCCUUGGGAGACCAGCGAGUAAAAGUGCUAAGCCAGCCGGCUGACCCUGGAGCUCCUGGGAGGCCCGAAGAGGAAGAAGAAAAAAGAGCAAAAAAAAGAAAGAAAAAAAAAUAAAAAUAAAAAUAAAAAUAAAAUAAAGCAACGAAGAAACGAGAAGAGAAGAGAAGCGAACUGAAAAUAAGACAACAAAACGACAGUUUAUCCGAACCGAGCACGGAGUCUUUCUAUCGCGCGGGGAAUUUGAACAUUCAAGGACCAUUUCACGUUCCCACGUCUCAACAUCAACAAGUACCGGAGGCUCGUAGUUACGCGAGCUGAAAGUUAAUCUCGCAACUUAUCUAACCGUCAUCUACUCCAGUUGAACUGUUACGAACGCUCGCUCGGAAGAAGCUACCACUGCAGGCUGGUGGUGACCUUGACGUCUGGUACCUCUCUAUAGGGUCUUCCAGAAUCUUGAAUCGCAAUCUCUUCCGACCUCCGCUGGCUCUCGCUGUGCAAACAAAAAAAAAAAAAUAAAAAAUCCAACUCGUACAAUUAGUGAAAUUCAAUAGUAGUAUAUGACGUUGGUUUUUCUACGACCCGAAUAAAGUAAAAGUAUAAGUGAAGCUUCGUCUUCCAAGUGUUGUGAAGUUCGGCACAGCUCGAACAUUUCAAUAAAGUGACACGAUUAAACAAAUGUUUGAAUAUUCAUUCAACAUUUAGUCGACGACGAAUAAUAGGUCAGUGACUAUGUGGAAAAGGACGUACUCGGUGAAGUGAUAGUGGUGAACGAUAUCGAGCGAUAUAUAAAUAAUAAGAGAGAGAUAGAGAGAGAGAGGGAGAGAGAGAGAGAUAGAGAGAAAAAAGAAGGAAAAUAGUGAUAUUCAAAUAUUUGUUGAUAAGCACAGUGUCCGGUUUGCCAAUUGGAUUACAAGCGAAGAAUUUUAAAACCCGUCAAAGAUGUAUCCCCACUCCUCGAGAGAAACGUAAAAGCGACGAGCUCAUAUUUGGGAUUGGAUUUAAGGAUACUAAUAAAGACGAUGUAUACGGACGGUCUGCUGACCCUCCAUUAUGGGAAACACCCUGCAACAUUGGCAGCAGAGGUUGGCGCUUGGUACAGCGGUGACCAACACGUGGACGUCGCUCUGGCCUGCGACGAUGGCUCCGUCGUCAGGGCUCAUCGGGUCGUCUUGGCGGCCGCUAGUCCCCUCUUAGCUACCCUACUUCGUGACCCCGCCCUGGACCACGUCGUCCACCUGUCCGGGGUCAGAAAACCUCAACUUAAUUAUCUACUCGAGUUCCUGUACAACGGGGAAGCCUUGAUACCGUCAACGGAGCUGAUUCCUCUGCGAGAACUGUUCGAGUUGCUUCAAAUAAAAUCGGAGCUUUUCGAACCGAACCAUCCGCAGACUUCUACAAAGUCUGAACAGGAGAGGAUACCGACGCCCCAACCGUCAGAGAGUCAAGAAAGCUCGAGUUACGAAUCGCAGUACGACGGCAGCAGGCAGUCGAAUAACCCGGCGGACUGCUGUUCCGUUCUUAUAAAAACUGAGGGCUGUGAAGACGAUCCGGAAGUCGACGUUGAGGGCGUCGAAGGAGAAACGCAUCAUUUAACCGACAACAGGGAAGGCAGCGUCGAACCUCCCAGGAGGAGGGAUAGCUCCGAUCCCGUUAAUCUCUGUUUAAACUCGGGCGCCACCACUACCAGCGAAGGAUCUCACGACACCGCGCACAGGCCGGAAAAGCCGUUACUGGAGCGUCGCGAAUCACUGGAAGAGGCUGAAGAAAGGAGAAGACAACUCGCGGCCCGUUUGGCACUGGGUCUGGAACCGGGCAAACGAAAACCGGAAGAGUUACCCUUACAACCGGCGGAAGCGUACGUGGUAACGCCGCACCGGAAAAGAAGACCAGGUUUUCACAACGCGCCCGCACAGAAUCCAGCCUUUGUCCCCUUUAAUCCCGGAUUCGAAACGCCCCGAAGGCUACAAGCGCCGCAUCCCCUGAGCGUCUCGGCCCCACCCUACCUUGACAGACCGGUGACGCCGCCCGGGGCAUCGCACAGGCCGCCCAGCGCGGAUCCAGCGAACGUCGGAGGGUUGGAACCACCCUGGGGCGCGUGGACCUUACCUCCGGCUCGUGCUCCGCCACCCCCGCCAUCGGAUGACCCUCCGAAACCAACCCCCGUCAGAGAAUACCGUUGUUCGUACUGUGGGAAACAGUUUGGUAUGUCUUGGAACCUCAAGACUCAUCUACGGGUUCAUACCGGUGAAAAACCAUUCGCCUGCAGAUUGUGCGUGGCUAUGUUCAAACAGAAAGCUCACCUGCUUAAGCACCUCUGUUCGGUGCAUAGGGGGGUGAUAGCGGCGCCCGACAACACAUUUUCCUGUUGUUUUUGCGCUUUGAGUUUCGAUAGCUUGCAGGAGCUCAUCAGGCACUUGUCGGGGCCGCACAAUAAUUUACUGUUAAGUAAAAAUCUACAUGACUAAAUUAUACACCGGAAAGCCCAAGGCUUGUCGAGUGUUAAGCUCCUCUAUCCACGCCAACAAACCACCAUACGCCACAUAAAAACCCCUCGAACAACAGUUUCAAUUAUAUCGAUAAUACACGCUGCGACGUAGCGACUAUUAUUCGAUUCUUAUUAAUUUGAUUCUUAUCAUAGUAUCUCUUUCUCCCGUUCGUUAUUAUUUCUCGUUUUUCUUAGUGUCUCAGAGCUCCUCACGCCAGAUGACGGUUGUUAUAAUUUUUAUUUGUUAGUUUUCCGAUAGCCGUUCAUUUUUAGUAUAUUCAUCGAAAUUUUUAUUUAUUGUUAUAUUAUAUAUAUAUAAUACUUAUACGAUUAGGUGGGUACCGUACACGAAAUUAGGUACCACGUUUGUUACCGCUGUAUUUAUUACUACGAUAUACAUAUUUUUCAAAUAUGGUAUAGACGUGAUCCUUCAGCUGGCGAUAAAGUUCUGGCGAACGGUGGUGCGUGUACCGUGUGUCCCAGCGUUCACAACGCAGUAUGUCUGGCUGCCUGCCCUCGAGCGCUACCCCUUCCCUAUAGCUUCACGUUAAUUCGCGGACCUCGGUAUGACUUACCGAUACAGCGUAAGCCUGGCGCUCGAUGUUGGGCAAUUAGACAUACCGCGGUCCAGACGCUGGAACACGCGGUAUAUCGAUAUACACGCCCUACCAUACAAUACAAUACUAAUUAUCGUGUCUGUCGUCCUUUACGUCAAAUUGCGUAAAAGUACCUGGAUGCUUGAUAAAUGAUAAGUUUUCGAAAAACGACGAAAACAAUGCAAAUCAAGUAUUGUCGUUUUUCGAAACCUCCAUUAUCCGCACGCACAAAUACCGGUACCAAUUUGUUUCUUUCUGUUUGGGUGAUUGAUUACAGCCAGGGUUACGAGACAACGCGUUUAUAGAAACCAAUGAAAUGGUAAAAUCAUGUGAAAAUUACCCGUCCCGAAAUGCUAGUAUCAACCUUUGAUCAAAAUUUACACGCCGCAAAAUCGUUUGAAUUCGGAAACAUACAUACAGACAUACUAUAUUUAAACUAACACAUUUUAGUAUAUCCACUGGGCAAUCUGUCGAGUACGUUUCUUUUAACAAAAAAAUAACGCACGCGAUACACGUACGGAAACGCGCAAAUUGUUAAUAAUGUAGAAACUUGUGGAGGUUAGUCACAAAUUAUGCCAAGUGAUAAUUGGAAGAGCAGCUAAUUGCAGCAUACCCAGACGAUGCCCGGUAAAAUGAUAAUAAAUUAUAGUAGGUAUUGUUUAAUCAUUUUUCCAUUUUUUUUUUUUCUCUGUUUUUUUUGUUUUUGUAAUUUUAAUUUGUAAAUAAUAUUAACGUACAAGAAAGAAGAAAGAAAACCAAUAUUAAUUUAUUUUAUAUUUUCAAUGGGACCAACCGACUUUCCACCGAUUUCUGUCUUAUAUAUAUAUAUACCUCCACCUAUAUAUUAUAUAUUUAAAAAAACAAAAAUAUUAAAAAAUAAUUAUAAAUAAUAAUAAUGAUAAUAAUAAAAAUUAAAAGAAAUAACUAGAUCUUAGUGAUCUGCCCGCAAUCGCCCACGAUAUGAGAAGAGAGAGUACGAAUUUACCGCGUGCUUCCGUAUUGGAAAUAUAGAAAAAAAAACUUAAAGAAUAAGAAAAGGAAAGAAGAAAGCUAUACGAUUCGUGAAUAUUUUUUCGUUCGUAUUUCCAUUCGAGUGCCUUAUGGGUCCAAAUUGGUCGAUUGGGCAGUGAUUUCAUGUGUUCAUAGGCUAAGUAAUAAGUAAAAAUAGAAAUUCCCGUUAGAAGGUUUUCAAACAAUUCUUAGUCGAUAGUAAUUUGACGCAGGACGUCAGUAUUGUGUAAUAUGUAGAUUGCCCUAGGUGCCUUGAGGGCACGUUUCGAGUUUCAUCAUACCUAAAGGUAUAUUUUUUUUUUUGCUUUUCUUUAUUUCGAAGGCAAUGUUGAGCCCGUAACGAUCUAUUCGUCGUCGUCGUCGUUGUCACCGUAGCCAAGAUUACAGAAAGAGAGAAAAAAAAAAAAUUAAAUAAAUAAAUUGAUAAAUUUAUAAAAUCUUAUGUUUCUUACGUUAUAUUAUACAUUACACAAACAAAUGGAAAAAAAGAAGAAAACACCCACUGGAUAAUUAUAUGAAAUCGCCAUUCGCGAAUGGACAAAAUAUGUAGUAGUAAAACACACACGUGGGCAUAGGAAUUUAUGAAUGAUAUUAUACAUAAUAAUUAAGUAGUCAGAUAGCACGCACCUCGCUCCGGCAUAUUUCAACCGAAGAAUUUAUGUAAAUAAUGAACAUUUAUUAUUUAUAUGUAUAUCAAAAUAAUAUUUGACGCAAACUGUGGAAUCGUAUCGCGUAUAUAUUUAAGAUGGAAACAGAAAAAGUAUAGAGUAUGAAUAAAAGUAAAUUUAUAUUAGUAAUGAUGAUAAUAAUAAUGAUAACGAUAACAAUAAUAAAAAAUGAUAAUAAUAAUUAUUAUUAUAUAUAACAAUGACAAUAAUGUUAAAUGAAAAAAGAAAUAAUGGUAAUUGAAAGAAGAAAAAAGCACAAAAUGAAAUACAUGAAAAAAAAAACUGUAAGAGUAUAAACAUGAAAUUAUGUAAGAAAAUUUUUACCGCCGUGCCGCGCAAUACACCCCUAAUUUCCAAACCCCAAACUCGAAUCCGCCCACCACCCCGAAAUAAAAGUCGACAAAAUACAUAAUCGAUAGCACAGAUAUUAUUAUAUAUUAUAUAUUAUUUCAAGCAGUACACCAAAGAAUAUGUUCGUGGGGUUCACGGAAAGAAAUCACGAAAUAACGUGCUUUUUAGAAUACACUGUAAAAAUGAGAAGGAGCUAGAGAAAAAUAGAAAAAUGAAUCGUGUUGGAAGUUGAUUUCUUUAACAAUUUUUUUCACCUACGACCUACGAUCGCUGUACACGCACACGAAUUUGAAAAAAUAAAUGAACAAUGUGAACGGUGAAAAGACAGAAACUACAUUCCCUCUUGUUCUCACAUUGUAAUAGGUACGUACCUAUCUCAGAUGUACCUAGUAACAUACUGCGUUUAUAAAAAGUGAACAGAUCAGGGUGAAUUAUAGGCAGGAGGAGAGAAAAAAUUCUUGUUGAAAAAGACCAAAUACAAAUCGCGGCUUAUUUUUGUUAAAUAUCUUCCUUGAACGGCAUCUCAAUCCAAUUUCUUCUUACCGGUACGUGCGUGCACACAUCACAUGUUCUGACGUAACAUACUCACGAAAGUAUGUUCAAUCUCGGUUUACGGUUAAAAAUCUCAUUUUUUUUUUUUUCUUCGACAGUUUCGUCUUUUUAGAAUUUCGAGAAACUGGCUGAAAACAGGUUGAAAGAUAACGGAUCAUUGGCGAACAUUACUUGAGUAUUCCACGCCAUUUGCGUAUAACAAUUUUUCUCUGAGCCGAAGAAAGGAGUUUCGAAAAAUGUACAAGGUUGCAGAUUAUCUUUCCGGGCGUGUGCGAUACUUAAAUUACAAGAAACGAGUGUAGCGGACUUGAAUAUAAUCGUGGCAAUCGGUUGAUCCGAUCGUACGAAAUGCAAUGGGAAAAAUAAUAUAAAAAUAAAAUAAAAUAGGUAAAAAAACGAACGACGGUUUGUUGUAACGGUAUUUGAAAAUAUUCAAAUCGCUAUUCUCUGAAUCCACGCAUAUAAUUAGAAUAUCAACAUUUUGCGGAAUAAAUUUGCUACCAUACGAGAGAUAACGAUGAGAUUAUUCAAUUAUAUUAUGGAUAAAAAAUGGAAAUGUAAUUGAAAAAAUAUAUAUAUUAUCAUUGAAAAAAGGUACAUUCAACGAAGAAUAACAAAUAAAUAAAAUAAAAAGUUAUCGCAAUUCUAGUUACCUAAUUAGAAAUGGUCUGGCGCGUGUCAAUGAAAUAAUGGAAGUUUGCCGGUCACGUACAGAAUCGAGAACUCAAGAGCAGGAUGUAUAGACUAAACUGAAGUAUAUAAUUACGAGUGCUUACAAUGUAUGUACUCGUAAUAUAUGUAUAUACGUGUAACGUGUACUCGACGCUUCGCUCAACGUAUCAAAUCAGAUGAUACAACAUUCGCUACACGUUCAAAAAUCGACAAUCCCCAUCGGCUUAUCAAUUUCGCCGCACUAGCUACAACGCUACUAUAUCAAUUUGAAACCACCUCUUUCCCCUGAUUUAUAUUUAUUAUUGUGAACGUGACAUUGUCGCAUACUGAGCCUUCGCAUGAACAGCUAUUGAAUAUUUGUCGAUCGAUUGAAUUUAUUAAAAUUUUUUUUUUGCUUUUUCCUUCCACUCUUUUUUCUCUUGCCUUCGUUCUCAGUCCGAGUAGUGGUCUUCGUACAGCUUCCUUUUCCUUCUCCCGUUCUAUUAUUAUCAUUGUUAUUAUUAUUUCAAAAAAGUACAUACACAUAUAUAGUUUCAAUCAUUAUUAUUUAUCAUUAUUAUUAAUAUCAUUAUCAUUAUGGGUAAUUCGUUUUUUUUUCCCCUUAUUCUUCUUCAUAUAUAUUCUUUUUGUUUGAAGCCAGGCAAAGAUGGCCAGCAACAACAGUGAACGCAAUGUGAUACUAAAUAAUAAAUAAUCUAUGCUAUUGUUUAGCAUGCGACGCCUUGACACAGGUACAACAGUUAUGAAAUAGUUAAAUAUAUAUUAUAUAUUGAAUGUAAAGAAAAUACUAAUAAUGAUUAUAGUGUAACGAUAAUAGUUUAGUAGUUUCUCAAAUAUUUUAUAAUAAAUUAAAUAUAUAUGUACAUAUAUAUAUAUAUUUAUGAAUAAACACACAACUCACGUAUACACACGUAUAGGUAUCAAUUGAUUAUCGAUCAUUAUGUUGCAAUAAUAUUUUACUGUACAUACGCACAAUGCCCAGGUGAUUUGUUACAUACAUAUGUAUAUAAUAUAUAUAUAUAUAUGGAUAGAUAUGCGAAAUGUAUACCACAAUUUUCGACAAUCGUCUCUGUAGAGACUCCCGUAAUAUGUACAGUCGCCGAGGGAUGAAUUUAUUUCGGUAUUCCAAUAAAACGAAAAAUAAGAUCUGAUAAAAAUCGACUUCAGAAGAAACGGGUGAGAGCUUUAAAACACACGAGUUUCAUGUAUGUUCGCAAAUCACAGCAACAUUCAUAAAAAUUACAACCUAAUUGUAAGAAUAUUGAGAGUCGCAGUGAAAAAAAAUCGUUGAAGAAAAAUCAAUGUACUCUUCGAUGAUAAUCAAGUUUCAUCCGCCUGCACAGACUUGAGAGAAUUUUAAUGACGGUUCUAAAUUUGACCGAAUGCGUACCUUGUAUAGAUAUAUUUUUUUUUUCGUAUUACAAAUUAUAGAGACACGAAUGCAGAGCCAAUAAUUUACAUAUGUUUAAACUGUUCGUUACGGGCUCAUAGCUGUGUACCUGUAAUGGGCGCGGUGAACAAAUUAUUAACGAACACCCAACUUCCGGUCAUUUAUGAACAUAAAAAGAAAAAUGAAUGGAAAAGAAAAAAUAUUCAUAUUUUAUACACAUUCGUAUUCAUGUAAAUAUAAAGUAGUAGAUAAUAUUCCAACGAAUCACAAUAAUUGGUGAACAAAAAACCUUGAAUAAAACUGAGAAAUAGGUAGGUAGGUAUUUGUGAAUUUUCAAUUACGGAUUGUUGAGAAAAUAAUUUUCUAGAACAAAA